CCAAAGCUAAAAGGCCUUUUUAAUCACCCUGAAGUUAGUCAAAAAGCCUGCCCUUUACAACAAGAGUUAUCCAACUGGAAGCAGUUACCAAUGCCCAUACAUGGGCAAGUAUGGCAACUUCCUGUAGCCUUGGCUGCAAAUGGUGCUCAAAGAAGAUAACAAGGAUCCCACAGAUGAAAAAUAUGAAAGCUUCAUUUCUAAUAUAACUUCAAGCUAAUUCAUCGGGGUCCUGUAGGCACAAAAGAAAGAGUAUGGAAAUUGAGAUUGGGCUAUCCAAAGCAGGGAAGUAUUGAGGAUGCAGCAUGAAAUGCUGAAAAUAAAGCUGAACUUGGUGUCAGCAUAUCUAAAUCAGAGUAUAGUGGAAAGGACAUUUGAUUAAUUUUUAGAGGACCUGGACUCAAAUACCAUUUCUGCUGCAUAUUACCUGUAAUUUCCUUGGAAGAGGAGGAAGACAGAUCCAAUCAGUGAAAUGAAAGCUUCCCGGUUUCCUUUUCCCUAUCUCAGCCUGGAUUUCUCGGAGGGCCCUUGCCUUAAAAUCCAAGUAAAGAGUAGAGUUUGGAGAACUGGGAUCCUGGUGAGGGAAUAAAUCUAAAAGGUGGGGGAAAGGACAGAGGAAGAGAGAGAAUUGGAAUGCAAAAUUUAAAAAUAAAUGAAAAAAAAUUAUAUAUAAGCCAUGAGUUCAAAGUUUAUUAAGUAUAAGCAAACUGAAACUAGGCUUGUUUGCUCACAUCAAGGUUCUGAAGAUAAGAAACUAAAAUGGCUUCUGUUGUAAUUGAUCAACAACAGAAUGUGGUAACUAGAGUAGCCAGCCUUCCCUUGGUGAGUUCUACUUAUGACUUGGUGUCAUCUGUUUACAUCAGCACAAAAGAUCAUCAUCCGUAUCUCAAAUCAGUGUGUGAGAUAGCAGAGAAGGGAAUGAAGACUAUCACUGCUGUGGCAGUGACCAGUGCUUUGCCUAUCAUCCAGAAAUUAGAACCUCAAAUUGCUGUUGCGAACAACUAUGCUUGUCUAGGAUUGGAUAGAAUUGAAGAAAGACUGCCCAUUUUGAAUCAACCAACAGAUAAGGUUGUUGCCAAUGCUAAGGGUGCAGUAUUUGGUGCAAAAGAUGCUGUGACAACAACCAUGACCAGUGCCAAGGAUUCUGUGGCAAACACUAUUAACGGGGUUGUGGACAAAACAAAAGGCGCAGUUAACGGCAGUGUGGAGAUGACCAAGUCUGUAGUGAAUGGAAGCAUCAACACUGUCUUGGGAAGUCGGAUGGUACAGAUGGUGAGCAGCGGAGUUGAAAAUGCACUUAGCAAGUCAGAGCUGCUCGUGGAUCAGUAUCUUCCACUCACUGAAGAAGAACUAGAAAAAGAAGCAAAGAAAGUUGAAGGGUUUGAUGUGGUUCAGAAACCAAGUUACUAUGUUCGUUUGGGAUCUUUGUCUACCAAACUCCGCUCACGAGCCUACCAGCAGGCCCUAAGCAGGGUUAAUGAAGCCAGACAGAAAGGCCAAGAGACCAUUUCUCAGCUGCAUUCAACUAUGAAUCUGAUCGAGUUUGCCAGGAAGAAUGUUAAUAGUGCCAACCAAAAACUGCAGGAUGCCCAGGAUAAGCUGUAUGUCUCAUGGCUAGAAUGGAAAAGGAGUAUAGGCCAUGAUGACAGUGAUGAAUCUCACUGUACUGAGGAUAUUGAAUCCCGGACUCUCGCUAUAGCUCGAAACCUGACACAACAACUCCAGACUACCUGCCUUACUCUUAUGUCCAGUGUCCAGGGGCUACCCCAGAAUAUUCAAGACCAAACUCACCAUGUUGGGUCAAUGGCUGGUGAAGUCUACUCAGUAUUUCGAAAUGCUGCUUCCUUUAAGGAAGUGUCAGAUGGUCUCCUCAGUUCCAGCAAGGGGCAGCUGCAAAAAAUGAAGGAGUCUUUAGAUGAUGUGAUGGAUUAUCUUAUUAACAACACUCCUCUCAACUGGCUGGUGCCAGAUUUCACCAUUACUGACUUGUCUUCUGAAGCUUAUGAAAUUCCAGACAUUUUAGGUUUGGAUGAUGAAGAUGAAGCUGAUUAUUCUCAAUUUAAUGGAUCUGUUAACCCAAGUCAAAAUAAUGAAUAAAGAAAAAAAAUGAUUUUCUUCAUGUUUUCUCCAAGUAUUCAUUUAGUUUUAGGGAAUUGUAGUUUUAAUUUUAUUGAUUCCGUAUUUCAUUACCCAUAGCAACUAUUAACCAACUUUUUCGUCUUUAUUCAAAUCUUCCAAUUCACUCUUGUUCUUCAUGCUUACAGCAAAUAAUACACUGAGGAAAUUGAGACCAUUUGAUACAUAUUCCUCUAGCUCUUCACUCUUCAAAACUGUAUGCCUCUCUUACUAUGGGCCAGUUACUUCUAGGUGCCAUGAGUACAAAUAAACCUCAUAGUUUUUCAACAUUUGUUAUUUCUUCCUCUCACCUGAAACUCCAUACUGGAGAAAACAAACAGACAGAAAACAAAACUCUUGUAACAAAUAAACAUAGUAAUGCAAAAACAAAUUCUUGCAUUUGCUAUGUUCAAAAAUGUUUCUCAUUUGGUGUCAUUACUGCUCUGUCAAGGAGGUUGUUAGCAUUCUUUACCAUCAGUUAUUUAGAAUCAUGGUUGAUCAUUGUGUUAUGCAGAGUUCUUAAGUCUUCAGUGUACUUUUUGAGUCUUGGCAUGAGGUAUUUGCCACUAUUGACCACCUUUUCCCUUUUGAAACCUAUCUUUUCCUUUGGCUUCUGAGACUCAGUCUUGGUCUAUUUAUCUCCUUAACCUCUCCCUUUCUGUAACCGGCAUUGGCUCUUCAUCCCUGAAUUGAAUUGUUUAAUUUGUUCUCAAAAAAACACUGGAAGUAUGGAUUUUUCCCUCUUCUCUAUAUUUUGUGUAAGAAAUUCUAGUUGCGUAACUAUCUAUUAAUCUAGCUUUUUCAUCAUUAAAAGGCUUAAAAUAAAGUUUGAGCAUUGCUA